AUGUGCGACUCUGCCGGCGCGCCCGCCGCCUCCUCCUCCUCCUCCUCCUCCUCUUCCUGCCCCCCUGAGGAUGCCAGUCUUGCCCAGCAGGGGGCCAGCCCCUUCCCCCUGCCCCCUGCCCCCCUGGGGGGCAAGUUCGCCAGGAAGGGGGCGCUUCGCCAGAAGAACGUCCACGAAGUGAAGGACCACAAAUUCAUCGCCCGCUUCUUCAAACAGCCGACCUUCUGCAGCCACUGUACCGACUUCAUCUGGGGCAUUGGGAAGCAAGGAUUUCAGUGUCAAGUCUGCUCCUUUGUGGUCCACAAGAGAUGUCAUGAGUUCGUUACGUUCUCCUGUCCUGGAGUGGACAAGGCCCCAGGAUCAGAGGACACCCGGAGCAAGCACAAGUUUAAAAUUCACACUUACAGCAGCCCAACGUUCUGUGACCACUGUGGGUCUCUCCUCUACGGACUGGUUCAUCAGGGGAUGAAGUGUUCCA